AUGUUCCGUUUGAGACAUUGGUACCAGACGAGGUUUCUGCUGAAGGAGAUAAAGAGAUGCUAUGUGAACCAGAUGAAAAAACCUAUUCUCACUUUGUUUACUAAGGAUCCGUGUCCACUUUGUGAUGAAGCGAAGGAAGCACUUGCACCAUAUAUGGACAGGUUUGUUUUAGAACAAGUGGACAUCACUCUUCCAGAUAACUCAACCUGGUACGACAGAUAUAAAUAUGACAUUCCUGUGUUUCACCUCAAUGGACAAUUUCUGAUGAUGCACAGCGUAAAUCUUAAAAAGCUGGAAAAGUCCCUUAGUAAACUGGAAAUGCAAAAUAAAGAAAACUGACUUAGUCUGAUUUUGAUUUGUUUUAAUGUGAUAACCCAGAGG